AUGUCCGGAGAUGAAAACAUGUCCGAGCAGGAGAAGCAGCUGCGAGAUUGCUUCGCAAAGUUCGAUAGCAACGGGGAUGGCAAAAUCCAGGCCGACGAGUUCAAAAAACUUAUGUCGAGUCUUGGAGGCUUCAGCCCCAAGGAGAUAAAGCGUCUCUUCAAAGAAGCUGAUACGGAUUGCUCGAACAGUGUGGACUGGAGAGAGUUCCUCUCGUGGAUCCUCAACGGCACUGCGCUGAAAGGAAUGGGCGCCAAAGGGGCCGCUUCCUUUGAGCGGCUCCUCAACACAGAGACGCAGGAUGAGGCCAGCUUUGUGGAGUCGGCGCAGAUGGGUCACAACGUGACCGAGUACCUGCGGCAAUCCGGGUCGAAAGAAAGGAAGACGCGACAACGAAAACGAGUUGCACCGAAGGGCGGCUGUGAUGACUUGGGGGUCCCGUCCGACUGGACUGGUCAUAGGAUUCAGCUGCCUAUGACGCCGGAGGGCGCGCGGCAGCUCCUAGACCACUUUCUACAUUCCGGGGCCAAGAGUCCUCUGCAUGCAAAGCAUGUGACCCACCUCAUUACCCAGUUCGUGUCCGCCUAUUCCGUGCGACAUCCCAAGCCUGUGGUCUACACUGAUGUUCCACAACCAGAUGGAAGGCUGGUUAUUGUUGGUGACACGCACGGCCAACUUGCAGAUGUGCUUCACAUUCUUUAUCACCUCGGUCCGCCAAGUGCGCAGAACAGGUAUCUGUUCAAUGGAGACAUGGUCGAUAGGGGAGGGCAGGGCGUUGAGAUCCUUCUGAUUCUCUAUGCGUUUUUCCUGGCAGACCCUGAGUCCAUCAUCGUGCAUCGUGGCAACCACGAGAACGAGGACAUGAACGCUUUGCAUGCUGACAAUGGCGGAGGAUUUGAAGAUGAGGUGAUGGAGAAGUAUGGUUUGUCUGUGUACCGGCACUUCGUCAGCUCCUUCAAGGUCAUGUCAUUGGCAUCCGUCAUUAACAAGGAGAUCUUUGUCGUGCAUGGCGGGUUGACGCGAGUGAAGAACCUGACGAUUGACUAUAUCAAUACGUUGCCUUUCCAGGACUACACGGCGCCGCAUCCUAUGUCCAGCAACGUCAAGGAGCAACUCUUCUCGGAUCUGUUGUGGAGCGAUCCCACAGAGCAUGAGGGGAAGUACAAGUCAGAUCGCGGUGUUGGAAUCAAAUACGGGCCCGACGUGACGACGAAGUUUUGCAGCCAGAAUCGUCUCAGGUUCCUGGUCAGAAGCCAUCAAGUGCCAGAAGAUGGGCGUGGCUUCCAGAAGCAGCACAAUGAUCGUUGCGUCACUGUCUUCAGUGCCAGCAACUAUUGUGGUGAUGGAGGGAAUUUCGGUGCCGUCAUUGUGCUCUCAGCUGCGAACUUUCCUCGCUACGAGGUGUUUGAGCACUUUGCAGCGCCCCUGGAAGAGAUGCCCAGCAUUGUGGCGCAAGGCGAUUCGGUCGACUGGAACCAGACAUCGACCUCCCAGCAGCGAGACAGUUUGGAGGCCUCGCGUGCAGCGCGCCAGGAAAAGACCUUCGCACGGAUGAUCAUCGCCAUCAUUGAGAAGAAGCCACAGCUAUGGUCGUUCAUCAUCAGAAAUUCAUUAGGACAAAAAAUGCCCAUAGAUGACUUUGUGCAAAUGAUGGAGGCGCAGAUUGAAAGCGAUAAUCCAUGGAAGGAGGCCCUUGAGGGGUGGGGUGUGAUCCACGAUGGCCAGGUCGAGGCAGCAUCCGGCCUUCAGACUGCAUGCCUGUGCAUGCUGUUGAUCCUGAGAGGUCACAAAGUUCCUAAAUCGAUGGGUUGUGAAGAGCGAGUCUGA